AUGACCUUUCGCUUCCUCGACCUCAGCUCGGAGUUACGCAAUAUGGUGUACCAAUUCGCAUCAAUCAACGACGCAUACUUCUCUAUCCGACAUGAUCCCUCUCUUCAGUCCAGCAACUACGCUGCGCUCACAAGAGUGUGUGUCCAGAUUCGCCGAGAAUACCGUCCGAUCCAACGUCGCAAGGCUAAGGUUUGGAUCAGUCUUGCAGAUGUCGACCAUUACGCUCGGACAUUCCUGAGGACAGCCGAAGACACCAUGUCCCUCCCUUCUAAAAUACGCGUCAAGGUACCAUUCACGUCAACCUCCGACUUCGGUUCAGACUUCAGUAUCAUUUCGGUUAUCAAGCUUAAGGCUGCCCACCCUGGCCUAGACUGCAAGUUGGUGCACGCCACCAUUAGGAACGACUCGGCUCUCGCGCAAAAACACAUGUUCUUCCGGGCUAUGAACAAAGCUCGUGAUCUUAACGCACUUGUUUUUCAUGCGAACAAGAAGUGGCUCGAGGAUAUUAGCAACGGUAUUAUCGGAGAUGUGCUGAUCGAAACCAGCACAUGUUUUGUUCAGAAUGGAUCAAUUUGUAUCUGCUUUACGGGUGUCCACGCCCUCGAGAACUACAGAGAAGCAACCAGCGCGCCUAACGCUUGGCGCAGCGCUCGCGGUCUUGACCUCCCACUAUCAAACGGUCAUCAUGUUGCACGGUUGUUUCUUGCACCUGACUCACUUCGGCGAGGUUGA